ACAUUUCCCCCUCCCCCCGGUCCCCCGGGGGCAGGGGGAGAGUGUCGUAGUAGUAAGUGUAGUGUCGUCUAGAGUGGCCAGGGUAGUAGUAGUAGCUCAGCUCAGCUCAGCUCAGCAGCAGCUGCAGAGGUGGCCACCGAGUUCGGACACAGAGUGCGUCAGACGGGGACAGAUCGAGAGGGUGGAGAGCGAUCGCGAGCGAGUUAAUGAGAACAGCACCUCGGGGCCUCGAGGAAGGAUUGUGGACUGACAGUGAAUCACGCAAAUUCGUUUCGACGAUGUUGAGAGUUGAUACUUGAAGUGUACCGACGAGCGACUGUACUGUGUCUUCCUUCUCUCCAGUACUCCGCCAGUACUGACUGCCCCGCCCCAGUCGAUCCCCCGUCGUCGCUAGCGCUGAGCCCUAGAGAUUCUCUAAACCGUCCGUCGAGAGAGAAGGAGAGAGAGAGAAGGAGAGAAUAUCGAACCAGUACCCGAACCCGAAAGUGAAUGGGGCUGAGAGAGAUAGAGCGAAGCGAACGACGAGGCCUCGGACUCUGAGACUUCACUGCUCUGGACCACACUGUCGCCCAUCGUCUCCUUUGGCAGGUGCAUCUUGUCUGCCUCGUAACGAAUCCCACCACGAGCCAACCUUUCCUCGCUCCCUCCCUGCCUCCCUGCCUCCCUGUCCGAGCUCGGACGAGCAGUGCGAGCUGAAGCAGCGUACAUUGGCUUCGGGAGUCCACGUGCUCUGCUGCGAGUGCGCCUGAUCGACAUCGGGGACACAGAUCGGAGCGAACGAGAGGAAGAAGAGGAAGAAGCGGAGCAGUCGCGCGCCGUGAGAAAUUGCUCUUUGCAGGGGGCGGAUGCCCGUGGUUGUGAAUGUAGUAGACUCGGGGUGUCGUGAGCUUGGAAAGGCUUCGGGAAGUGGCGGUAGUUCGUAUCACAGGUCGUUGGAGACGAGAGGAAAAUCAUCGCGGGGUUCGGAGAAGCGUAGAGUAAUUGCGAAUCAUGUUACUGAAGCUGCUGGUCGAUUCCAAUUUCGACAUCAGAGGUGCGUCCCCGCUGAGCUCCGGCCGAGACCCGAGCGCGAGCGUUCGGAUUGCUGCAGCGAUCUGACGCAGUGGUGGUUCACGGAGGACGAGCGACAUGGGGAGAGAAUUGGUGACGACUCCGAGUCGACUGUUUCGAGGCAAGGAGAUGAUGAGUCCCAGCAGACUCUUCCGGCGCCCGUCGAUGCCCAAGUGCCCCGUCGCGGCCUUGCAAGAGGGCCACCAGCGCAUUCUGGUCGCCGUGAAAAUGACAGAGCAGAGCGGAGAGCUGAUCCGCUGGGCUCUCACCGAAGCGGCUCGCACUGGCGACACAUUGACCGUCAUGCACGUCACGGAGCCGUGGGCAGCUGCGCAAACAUCAGCAGAAGCAGCGGAGCAUUGUGACGCCGUGAAGGAGGAGCUUCUCGACACUCUGAGCGCGCUGGUCUUGUCUUCUCGCCUCCACUCGACGGUGCCAGCCAAGGUCACUGUGACGGUCGAAGUCGUGGAGGGCGACAAUGUGGGCACGGCCAUUGUGACCGAAGCUCGACAAAUGAAGGCGACGAUGGUCGUCCUCGGGAAGUGCGAAUCGCAGAUGCCUUUGUCGCCCAAGCGCAUGACCGAGCUGGGCAGGCUGUGCGUGAAGAGCCUGUCGUCCUACUGCAACGUCGUCGUCGUGCGCAAAGGCAAGAUGAUGGUGUGCAGGCCGGGAACUGCCAAAGCGGACAUGCGGCAGUCUUUGCGAGUGCUGCUGGAGUCGGAGAGAGGCUCUUUGAGCGAGCUGCUGCAGGGAACGGAGCGCAUGUCGGACGAGGAAUUCCACGACGAGCCGGGCAGAAGAAGCAGCAGCAGCAGCAGCGUGUGCAGCUCGCUGUACGAGAAAUUCGCAGCGGCAGACGGAGCGGACUCUCCCCCGGCCAUCGCUAUCGCCGCCGCUUCCGCAUCCUUCAGCCGAGCCAGCUCCAUGGUGUCCGACAGGAGCUCCGAUCCCAGCAGCAGCAGCUUCUCGAGCAAUGGCUCGCCCAACAGCGUCCUGGACCGCUUCGCCAAGCUGCAGCUGCGGCCCGACAAGGCCCGAGCGCAUCUCGAUCAGUUUCUGGCCGACGCCGCGUGCCUGCGCAGCGAUCGCUCGUCCUCGUCCUCGUCCGUCUCGGUCUCGGGCUCGCUCGACGGCUCGUCCCCCGAGCCCGAGCCCGAGCUCGUCGCCCCGCAGUUCCAUCUCGGCAGCGAGUGCUGCAAGAGCGGGCCCCUCGAAGCCGUGUCGGAAGAGGAUGCGGACGCUGCGGCCGAGCCCGAGGUGGCCCCCCGCACCAUCUCUCCCCCUCUCCUGGCCCGCACUUGCUCCGAGCUCAAGUACGAGCUCUCCGAGUCCGGCCUCCUCUCUCUUCAGCACGACCUCGAGGAGCAGAUGCCCUCCAUUCGCAGAUUCGCCUACCAAGAGCUCCAAGAAGCGACCGACGACUUCUCCCCUGAGAACCUCGUGGGAACGGGGAUGGCGAGCAGCGUGUACAAGGCGCGAUUGCGGGAUGGUAGCUGGGCCGCUGUGAAACGGCUGGAGGACAGGACGUGCGUGGGAGAGAAGGAGUUCAUGAUGGAGAUCAUGAUGCUCAUCUGCACGCACCAUCAUCCGAACCUCGUGACUCUGGUGGGCUUCUGCGCCGAGGGCACCCGGCGCUCGCUCGUGUACGAGUACCUCGCUCGAGGAAAUCUCGAACAAAAUCUCUACGGCGACUCUUCGCGUUCCGUUCUGAGCUGGGCGCAAAGGCAGAAUGCUGCAGUCGGCGCUGCCAGCGGGUUGGCCUACCUUCACCAGUUCAAACCGCGACCCAUCAUCCACCGCGACGUCAAGAGCCAGAACAUUCUCCUGCGCGAGAAUUUCGAAGCUCAGGUGUCGGAUUUCGGGCUCGCACGAUGGUGCUCGGAUGGAAGUGCGGAUGCCAGUAUGACGACCAGCGUGGCGGGCACAUUCGGGUACAUGGCGCCCGAGUGUUUCAUGUACGGCAACUUCGACGAGAAGACGGACGUGUUCUCGUUCGGCGUGGUGCUGCUCGAGCUGAUCUCCGGAAGGAAGCCCAUCGACAGGAGAUACCCGGAGUCGCAGCAAAGUCUCGUCCAGUGGGCAAGAUUGCUGCAGAGGAAGCGAGAGAUGCAUAAGCUGGUGGACCCGCGGUUGACGGACAUCAACCCUCAUCAAUUUAAGCGGAUGAUGUACACGGCUUUCCUGUGCAUCGAAAUCUCGCCCGACGAGCGGCCUUCCAUGGACAGGGUGGUGAAAUUACUGGACCCGCAAUGCGAAUACUGCGAGGAGCCGCUUCUCUUCGCUCAGAGCUCGUCCCCGCCGCAUUGCGCGUUGCCCGUGUACAUGGCGUGAUCGAUGUGACCCGAUCCAUCGACCAAAUUCCUUCCUACGGUGUACGAUUAGGUUCUCCUUAUACAUAAAAGCAGCAGCAAGAGUAUGGCGAGUCUUACAUCGACCAUUGCGAUAUCUUAUCUUCACUCUCGCGCACUCACUGACUCACGGUCGCUCUCAUCAGCAGGGCGCAUCCGACGGCACGACGACGACGACGACUAUCGAUACAUAGGAAUGCGCCUGUGAUAGAUUCGAUUUCAUGGAACGGGAAGCAAGAAAUCAUUGUAACUUUCUGUACAGAGUAGAAAAAAAUCCGUUAGCUAGCGACAGUGGAGAAGAUUAACUCCACACUUCCCCUGCGGACCUCUCGCUGUAUGUACGAACGACGAUUUUAAUUGAGAAGUGUUUUUUUGGACGUG